AUGACGUCGGCGACGCAGGUCCGGAACGUCGUCUGGCGCCUGUUCGCGCUCGUGCCGGACCCGGACGCCGCCGCGCAGCUCUCGGACUUCGAUCGCAUCGAGCGGCUGCUGCGCCCGCUGGGGCUGUUUCGGAAGCGGGCGCGCACGAUCGCGGCCAUGUCCGCGCGGUACGUCGCGGGCGGGUGGGGCAGCGUCAGGGAGCUGCCGGGCGUGGGGCCCUACGCCGCGGACGCAUGGGAGAUAUUCGUGGAGGGGCGCUGGCGGACGUGCGCGCCGCAGGACAAGGAGCUGCGCAGGUAUGUGGAGUUUAUGGCGGAGACGGACGGGCUCGGUGCGGGGCUCGAGCGAGACCCGAUCCCGGAGCUGUCGGCGGGGUCGAGCGAUGCGCCCGGGUCGGACUCCCCCCACUGGUCAGACAGGUAG